CUCCACAAACACAGACUUGGACAAUGGCCAGUGUUCUCGGAACUUCUUCUGUAGCACUCUUCGCCCCUCGUCCUUCUUCUUCUCACUCCUCCAAGUGCCCCAUUCAUUCUCUCUCUCCAACUCCAGGUUCAUUAUCGCCGGAUGAAUGGGAAGUAGCUUAUUUAUAUCUAUCAUUUGUAUUGAGGAAGCGAGGCCAACCAGAGCAGCCACGUGUAAAUGGUAAACGAGACAAAGGCAAAAUGCAUCUAUCAAAAGACGACAUUAUGUAUAUUGGCAGUGGAAUUUGAUUAAACAUUUGAAGUUAGACACGAGAUGCAUCUUCAUAUAAGACCUCAAUGACUGCGGCGCGGAAGAAUUCCCCAGGCUGAAGAUAAUUAACUGAUGUCGGAGGCUUUUCAUGUUUAUCCUCCGUGAGUUUGUUAUGGAUUUAACACGGCUAAUCUCAAUUUUGUAGGAUUGCAGCAAUGCUAAUAAACUUUUAGCUCAUAAGACUUGAAUAUAUGUAUAAUA